AUAUGGGCACGAGCUAUAUAAGCUACUGAGCCAGCUCCAAAUUAAACAUUAUCGCUCAAGAGCUUUAGACAAACCCAACUAACCAGCAAAAUGUACAAGUUUUUGGUUCUCGCUGCCCUCAUCGCCUGCUCUGCGGCUAAGCCAGGAGUUGUUGCCCCGUUAGCUGCUCCUCUAGCUGCCCCUCUGGCCUACGCCAAUGCUCCUCUGUACGCCGCAGGCGGCAGCAGCCAGGUGGAUGUCCGCAACAACUACGACGGAACUCUGUCCUCCUACACCACUGCUCCCUUCGAGUUCACUGCCCCCUACUCCAGCCGCUAUGUGUCCGGAAUCCCAGCUGCUCCCGCCGUAGUUGCCAAGUACGCUGCUGCUCCCCUGGCUGCUCCCGUUGCUGCUCCUCUAGCUGCUCCAGUCGCUGCUCCUUUGGCAGCUGCUCCUCUGGCCGCUGCUCCUUAUGCCGCCGCCGCUUACUCCGCCUACCCCUACGCCUCGCCCUACGCCGCCCCCUACCUGGCAUCUCCUUACGCCGCUCCCUACGCCGCUCCCUACGCUGCUCCUAUCGCCGCUGCUGCCCCAGCUCCAGUGGUGGUCUAAGGACACCCGUUAACCAAACCAAACUUUAGACAAUUUUUGUAAAAAUAAAACUUGAUAUUAAAUUUCGAACAAAAAA